AUGUUGGGACGAUUUUCAAUGCCAAUUCUCAAGAGGUUCUAUGUAAAGCCUCGUGAAGUCGCACGAUUAACUCAAAUGAAAAUGAUUUGGGAAAUUCCUUCCCUCAUAAACUUAAAACAGCAUAAAGAAUUCCUUCUCGCCAACGAGCAUCAGCUGCCUCCUCAUAUCAUUGCUUUCGAUCUUGGCACAAUCGCCUAUCUAGACUGCCCAAGGGACGAGCAUUGGCCUGAAAUUGUGCAGCUGCUUAAGCGACACAUAAAAACAUUUGAUAGAAACGUCGCCAACAUGCUUGGACUUAUAGGGAAAUCUAUGGGAGACCUUGAAGAGGCUAAUGAAGAAUUCUGGGAAAUAAUGGAAACCAAGCUUGUAAAAGAAAAUUUAAGCAGAUAUUUGACUGAAGCAGACGCUGCUAAUUUAAUGCUUAGUUUGUAUAAGGUUGGAAGAGGAAGUGAUGAGCUGUGGCAAAGAUUGGAAAAUGAAGUUUCCAUGCAUUAUUUAGCUUUGAAGCCUGAACUGCUUAAAACUGCGAUUUUUGCACUGGAAGUAUCGAGCAAGGGAAAGAAAGAGACCAUUGAGAAACUUAAAGGAUACUUGGACGAGUGUGAGCAGCAACUUCAAAUAACAGCUUAA